AUGCUGACUGCCGUAUGUAGCUCUCUGGGUAACCAACCAUCAGAGGCACCAGGCUCUCCGUCCACAACUGACCUCUCCUUGAAGUCGUACCCACUGUCUCCGGAUCCUGACCCAGGAGCCCCAAUUCAACAGGAGAACGUCCAGGACUCCCCGUACCCUUCUGCUGAGCGCUACACAUCCUUGUCUUCCGUGAGGGUCUCGAGCCAGACUUUUGCGAGUCGUGAGUCCGUGGACAACUCGUUCUCCAAAUUCCUGCACCCAUCCCUUGAGAUGUCCCACCCAUAUGAGGCCUGGAUUAGACCCCCGGUUCCUGGGGGCUCGGGAGAGGAGAGUGGAGUCCCUUCGUGGUGGGAUCUUCACGUUGGCACAGGUUGGAUGGAUAUGCAGCCGGGUGCUGGAGGAUUUCCCAGUCCUUCAUCGCACCAGGCACCUCUGGGAGGGUACGGCACAGAGCUCUGUGUCCCUCCCCCACACAUGCUUCCUCCUACCCCUCACCUCAUGGGAGGUUUGGACCCUGCUAUAGAAUCUCACUCUGCAGACCAGGGCACAGAUGGGUCCCCUCGUCCCAAAGGAACCCGACGGGCAAUGCCACGUAGUUCGGCCCAAGCAGCCUGCCGGUGCCCAAACUGCCAGGAAGCUGAACGUGGAGGUACGAGUGCAGAGGGGGCUAAACGUAAAACCCUUCACAACUGCCAUAUUCCAGGCUGUGGAAAGGCGUACGCCAAGACGUCCCAUCUGAAGGCCCACCUUCGCUGGCACAGUGGGGAUCGACCCUUUGUCUGCAACUGGCUCUUCUGUGGAAAGAGAUUUACUCGAAGUGAUGAGCUCCAAAGACACCUUCAGACCCACACAGGGGCAAAGAAGUACCCUUGUCCCUCUUGUAGCCGUGUCUUCAUGCGCAAUGAUCACCUUACCAAGCACAUGAAAACCCAUGAGAGUGAGACCCGAGGAUCCUCAGAGGCAGCCAGUAAGACCAAAAACGAACCAGAGGAGAGCAGCAGGAGUCGCACAAACUGA